AUGGAACAUACGAUAUCUUUUGGUGAACGAAACGCUGGACUCCAAGUGGGAGUGAGCAACGCUUCCAUCACUGCGAACUUCUAUUCCCAACCUGAAAGACCCGAGACACCGCCGCGCCCAUUAUCUACUGUUCCGUUUCGUCGCGAUCCAGACUUUGUUAGACACGGGACACUACUUGACCAGAUUCACGAAAAAUGUUUGGCACCGGCAUCUAGAAUCGCACUGGUGGGCCUUGGCGGCGUUGGGAAGUCGCAGCUCGCUAUCGAAUACUCUCAUAGAGUCCGGGAACACUCCCCAGAAACGUGGGUUUUCUGGAUCCAUGCCAGCAACAUAGCUCGUUUCGAACAGGGGUUUCGGGAGAUUGCAGAGCGAGCGAAAAUCACCGGCCGGCAGGAUCCCAAGGCCAAUAUAUAUCAACUUGUUCAUGCAUGGCUCCAGGAUGGCCGAAAGGGAAGCUGGGUCCUGAUUCUCGAUAAUGUUGACGAUGAUCACUUCCUUCGUCGAGCGCCGUUUAUCAGUCAGAAUCCAACCGAGCGCGACAGAGAUCGCUCGCUGGACCGGCCAUUAUGGGCAUAUCUCCCCCAAAGUACGCAUGGAUCCUUGAUGAUAACUACACGAAAUAGAGCCGUGGCGCUCAGAAUGGUCGAAGAACGCGACAUCAUCACUGUGCACCCAAUGGAUAAGACCCACGCCCAAAUGCUUUUUGAGGCGAAGCUUGGGAUACCGGAAAACCCAAAGGACAUUAUGAAGCUGACAGCAGCACUUGAGUGCAUGCCUCUUGCAAUCGUCCAGGCAGCAUCCUACAUCCGGCAGAGAGCUCCCCGUUCCUCAGUGAAGCAAUACCUUCAACAGUUUGAAAGCAGCGACAGUAGAAAGCUGAGUCUCCUUGAGCAUGAGGAGGGACAACUUCGGCGAGACUGGGAGGCCAGAAAUUCUAUUAUUCAUACUUGGCAAAUAUCGUUCGAUCACAUCCUUCUGGAACGGCCAUCAGCCGCAAAUCUCCUGGCAUUGAUGAGCUUCUUUGAUCGGCAAGGAAUACAUCAGUGUCUGCUCCAAGACUUCAGUAAUGUAAAAAGAAGCAAUACCAACAAAGAAAACUACUCAGACGCAGUUGACAGCUGCACGAUGGACAAUACAGACAGCCUAGUCCAAUCUAAUGUGGACGACAGAUUCGAGGAUGAUAUCCGCACACUAAGGAACUUCUCAUUCAUCACGGUGAACGCGGAUGCUGCAAGCUUCCGAAUGCAUCGGUUAGUGCAGCUCGCCGUGCAAAAAUGGCUUGAGGCACAUGAUCAGCUCGAAAGGUGGAAGCUAAGUUCUAUCAGAAGCCUUGCAAGAGAGAACGUUCCCUCCAGGAGAAUUUGA